CGACCCUAAAGGAGGAAGUCUAGUAUUAUUCCAGCAGAGGGACAUGUAUCAUGAAGGAGCGACAGUCAUGAAAGGGACCAAAUAUACAAUGAGGUCGGAUGUUAUGUAUGAGAAAAUAUGAGAUUGGCAUGUACCUCCCUAGGUGCAUACCUACUAGGUUGGAGGUAUGAAAUCUAGUAACUCAUAUUUGAUCCUUUGUGUGGCUACUAUAUGUAUCCCGACCAAAGAAUUACUAUUGUUGCACAUUGAGUCAGUAGCUUAGACUUCACUCGAUUUCCACGCCUUUACCAUGGACCCCGCCGACGAGGAGCUGAUUUUGGAAGAUUCUUUAGAUGGAUCGGAGGAAGAAGAUAGUUGGAUGGACUGGGAUAUGUGGUGGCAGAUCAUAGUCAACCGAAACGAAGAAGUCGACGAUCCCGAUUUGCCCGAGUACCCUACUUCAGCCUGGAGUCUCGACAUGGUAGAUCCUCCAUUCCCAUUUAAUCUCGACGCAACAUUGUACUGUGCGGCAGUUCUGGCAAUAAUACUUGCCAUACACUCCGAGAUAGAUACGGCAUGGCUGCUCAGGCAUGGGUACAGAUACUAUCUGAUGCGCAUAUCGUCUAAGACGCUUCUCACGGUGGCUAUUUCUUUCGCUAGUACCCUUUUAUUCGAAGUCAUUGGAAAUGUGGCAGAUUUGGUGAGAAGAUCUUACAUGGAAGGGAUUAUCAUAAAAGUAAAUUCCUUGCUUGUUAAAUGGCUUCACUGGGGCCCUGUUGAUGAGCAUGGAAAUGCUGGGUUGGAUGGUGAGAUUAUAUUCGAUCACGACCCAACUCAAAUUCGCCCACUCAUCCGCAAUGCCGUCACUAACAUAGUACUCCUGGCUUUCGAUUGCCUAUUUCUAAUUUUGUCACAUCUUAUUCCCAUGGCGAUUGGAGUCUAUUUUAUUUGGCUAGUAUCUUACGUAUCGAGGGACCUGGCAAUCUUUCUAUAUAACUUGUCGACAUACGUUGCACUGCCUACGCCAAACAUGGACGGGGCAUUCGAUAUCAAAGACAUGCUUUGGGAAUUCGGCCCCCCUGUAUAUUUCCAAUUGUGGGCUGCAGCGCUUAUAUAUCUAUCCGUCUUCGUCUUUAUAUCGAGAUCAGAAACGCCUCUCAUCCUAUAUAAAACAGGGCUGGAUCCCUUUUCCAAGCUCAUGCUCAACCUUCUCCGAGCGACUACGACACAUGUACUAUCGUACACAGCAUACCAAUUGGUAUGCCUUUGCGUCACUAUCAUGCCGCCGGCCUGGUUCUCCAGAGAUGGGUACCUCAGUAUUAUAAUCCGCGAUCCGGUGGUUCAGAAAAUAGUGACGCGAUUCAACUUGGGGUUUUAUCCAGUAACCGCUCUGCUCCUUAUCGGUGCGCAUUGGAUAGUUAGAAACGUCUGCAGGUUAUUAGUUACGCGUUUAUAUCCGCUUUCGGUCCCUUAUAUCGUCUGGUUAUCGAUCAAAACAGAGAGAGCAACUCGACAGCAAUGGGUGGUGUAUGGGCCCUUUUUGAAUGGGGAUAUGGCUGUGCUUGAACUGGGUAAUAGAGUCAUGGAGAGAGUUGUGAUGACCAUCAUGUUUGGCUUGAAGAGCUCGUGGCCCGUUAGGAUGAGACUAAGCGCAGUUCCGGUUCUAGAUUAGUUGGAUACUAGAAAAGGGUUGAGUUGAGUUGUACUUUUAUUUAUGAGGGUGUAUCAUGGCGAAUAUUAAAGUUGAAUUCUCAGACGAGUUACACGACUUAUUGUCUACAAUUAAAAAAAGAAAAU